CCGCCGGCCGGCCUCCGCCCUCGCCGCCCAGCCCCGGCCCGGCAGGGAGGAGGGGCCGCCUCGCCGCGGGUCUCCGUGGCGUGAGGACGAGGGCGGGGGCCCGAGACCCGCGCGGGAGACGGCGCAGCGCCCCUAGCCCUUCGGUUGGCCGGCCCGCCCCCUCGUCGGAGAGGCGGGAGGAGGCGGCUCUCCAUUGGUCCGGCCCGUCGGCCAAUCCCCGAAGGCCCGGGGCAGGAGGCGGGGGCAGUUCGUGGGGGACUCGGGAGCGGAGCGGGAGGCUCUGCGGGACCCAGUCGGACCGAGCCGCCGAGGCACCGCCCGCGCUCCGCCGCCGCGUCUGGGCGUCUCCUGCGCCGCCCAGGGGAGCGAGCUCCGAGCAUCUCGCGCUGCGGCCACUCCUCGGGGCCAGGAGCGGGGAAGACGAGUACUAGAAACCCCCAGACCGGAGCGCAGCCUCUUCCCGCCUCCCGAACCACCAUGACCCACUUCAACAAGGGCCCUUCCUACGGGCUCUCUGCCGAGGUCAAGAACAAGAUUGCUUCCAAGUAUGAUCAUCAGGCAGAAGAAGAUCUUCGAAACUGGAUAGAAGAGGUGACAGGCAUGAGCAUUGGCACCAACUUUCAGCUGGGCUUAAAAGAUGGCAUAAUCCUCUGCGAACUCAUAAACAAGCUACAGCCGGGCUCAGUGAAGAAGGUUAAUGAGUCCUCGUUAAACUGGCCUCAGUUGGAGAAUAUUGGCAACUUUAUUAAGGCUAUUCAAGCUUAUGGCAUGAAGCCACAUGACAUAUUUGAAGCGAACGAUCUUUUUGAGAAUGGAAACAUGACCCAGGUUCAGACUACACUGGUGGCUCUGGCAGGUCUGGCUAAAACAAAAGGAUUCCAUACAACCAUUGACAUCGGAGUUAAGUAUGCAGAAAAACAAACAAGACGUUUUGAUGAAGGAAAAUUAAAAGCUGGCCAGAGUGUAAUUGGUUUGCAGAUGGGAACCAACAAGUGCGCCAGCCAGGCAGGUAUGACGGCCUAUGGGACCAGGAGGCAUCUUUAUGAUCCCAAAAUGCAAACUGACAAACCUUUUGACCAGACCACAAUUAGUCUGCAGAUGGGCACCAACAAAGGAGCCAGCCAGGCGGGGAUGUUAGCACCAGGUACCAGAAGAGACAUCUACGAUCAGAAGCUAACAUUACAACCGGUGGACAACUCGACAAUUUCUCUACAGAUGGGAACCAACAAAGUUGCUUCCCAGAAAGGAAUGAGUGUGUAUGGGCUUGGGCGGCAAGUAUAUGAUCCGAAAUACUGUGCCGCUCCCACAGAACCUGUCAUUCACAAUGGAAGCCAAGGAACGGGAACAAAUGGGUCUGAAAUUAGUGAUAGUGAUUAUCAGGCAGAAUACCCAGAUGAAUAUCAUGGAGAGUACCAAGAUGACUACCCCAGAGAUUACCAAUAUGGUGACCAAGGCAUUGAUUAUUAGAUUUACACAGAGGAGCUCAGUAUUUAGCCCGUUUUUAUUCAGUGAGAACCAAGCUAGCCUUGAGUAAUUUUUAUCUUGUCUUCCUAAAACACUAUUAUGCUUAUUGUACCUAAAAGAAAUAUUGCCUUACGUACAUUCCCUUUUCCUUUUUCUGCCUCUUCCCUAAAUAGUUCCCUUUUAGUGCUGUAACAGUUAAAUCCUACAGCAGAAGCAAUAACUCACAUAUGAAGUAAAAAGGAAUACUGUGAAAGGGGAGUACUCUUGUACAGCCAAUUCUCUUAUUAAAGACCUAUGCAUUUUUACAAUCUACUUAAUAGACUGGGAUUUUCAAACAAUAGGAAGCUUUUUUUUUUUUCUUUUUUUUUUUUUUUUACAGUUACCUGGUUUCUAUGUGGAAGACUAAAGUCAUGCUUAGAGCUAAAUGUGGUCUUUGCCAACUAAAUUUAAGAUGCAGCAUUUUAGAAAUUUACAUAUCAAUGUCUACAGUAUUGUUUGCUAACUUUUAAAUAAAGUCCUGAUCCGCGUGCAUUUGUGAUUAUAUGUGUACUCAUUCUCUUACCUAAACCGACAAGAUCUUUUCAGAGUGGUGUUUCUAAAGGAGCGUGUACAAAAUCGGCCUGCAGACAGUUAGGUCUGGGUGGUGUGUGUGCUCUUCCUGUUUGUGCCAAUGUAUCAAUGUAGAGUUGCUGUUUCCUUCAACUGUAUUUAUUGCUGCAUUUCUCAGCAUAAACUUAUCCCGUUGUAUUUUUUAUAAAUAAAUAUUUUUUUUGAACAUU